CCACAGAAGAGGUUGAGUCCAGAGUCCCGUCCGCCCGUCUUUCUGCUCUGAGAUGUCGGCGAGCCUGGAGAAGGGCCAGGAAGGCCAUACUCGCCGCAUCUCAGAGUCAGUCCCGUGCAGCCAAUCGUCGGCGGGUCCCUGCUCCAACCUAUCAAGUGGGAGAUAGGGUUUGGCUGUCCACCAGGGACCUUCCUCUGAGGGUGGACAGCAAGAAGCUGGCGCCACGCUUCAUUGGACCGUUCCCCAUCAUCAAGAUCAUCAAUCCUGUGGCGGUCCGUCUCCGUCUGCCUUCUACCAUGAAGGUUCACCCCACCUUCCACGUAUCCCGUAUCAAGCCUGUCAACACCUCCAGCCUGUCUCCCACCACCACGCCCCCACCUCCCCCCCGCCUGGUGGAUGGCUCUCCGGUUUACACCGUGAAGAGGAUCCUCAAGUCCCGUAAAUGGGGUCGAGGCACCCAGUACCUCAUCGACUGGGAGGGUUAUGGUCCUGAGGAACGGCAGUGGGUUCCGGCCCGCCACGUCUUGGACAAAUCCCUCAUUAGGGACUUCCACAGAGCCCAUCCAGACCAACCUGGGGCGUCUGGAAUCCGCCCUUGAGGGGGGGGCUCUGUAACGUUUCUGGCACUGGAGCUGCUGAUUGCAAUCAGCACA